UGUAGUUCUUGCUACAAUAAAGCGUAUGGUGUUCUAAGCCUCCCUCCCCGUCUUUCUCUCCCAAGCAAACAUGUCGUCCGCUGGACCAACAAUUCAACAAACUGAAGUUGUCGGUUUGGUUUUGCCUAUCGCUGCGGUGGUGGUGACUUCAUUCCGUUUGUUCCUACGGAUGCGACAACGCCGUCUCUGGCUGGACGAUGCAUGGGCAGCGCUUGCCAUGGUAUUCAAUAUCAUUUUUUUGGUAGUAAAUUGGUUGUAUCUGGCUGACUACGCUCGAUAUCCUCAAGAUACAAGAGUGGCGAUGUAUUAUAUCGUCGCACAGUUCUUCUAUGCAGUAGUUUGGUCGUCCAGAAUCUCAAUUUUGUUCACCGUCGUGCGACUGACUUUACCUGGCUCACUAAGGAGAUGGCUAGUACGCACCGCAAUCGCAUUCACGGUUACAUGGAUGAUCCUUCUCGCCCAAGUCUUCUGGACUUGUGAAUCAGAACCUGGCUGGAAAACGCAACCACGCCCUCAGUGCGAUCUAGGCCGGAACGUUGCCAUUGCGCAGAUAAUUACUGACGUGAUCGGUGACACGAUCUUAAUACUAGCACCAUUCCGUCUGAUCUACAAAGUCAGACUCACUAAGGCUCAAAAGAUCCGACUUAUGUCUAUUUUUUCGACGUCUGCUGCUACCACUGUCGUCAGCCUCACCCACGCAUAUUACGUAUAUUCUGAUGGUGGGCUGAAGGAAGUCAUAGCUGCUGUGGUUGAGUUAUCAGUUAGCUUAACUGUGGCGAACUUGAGCGUAGUUGUCGCUUUCUUCUUCCGCAUCAGCACUGAAGAAACCACAACCCCUGCACCGCUGGAGCUGAAGUCCAUGAUUACCUUCGGCUCACAGCCGAUUCGCAAAAGACCACAGCGCGAUCCUCUCUCAUCGUCAACAGUGGUAGUCGAGACUGAGACCCAGACAAUAAAAUUUGAUGAUUUCGGCACAUCCCCCAUGCGAGCGGCUGAAGGAGACAGCAGUGAUGUAUCCCUUCAAACAAUUGCUAAGCCAGGUCUGCACUAUGACGUGUAA